CUACAGAUUGCGCUUGCAGAUGACGUUGACGUCGUCAAAGCCAUCACUGGCACAGAAGAAAUUUCCGAGCAUGACAACGAAGUAGAUCAAGUGGCGCUGGAAUCUGAAGCUGAGCCUCAACAACCUCCAAAGGUGCUAUAUCAGCACAAUAUACAACAGCAACAGCCGGGACCAGCACGAAGCAACCAUCAGAGCAUACCGUUGAGCCUUGGACAGCCUUUUGGCCCACCACCGCCACCUGCACAGCUGGCUUAUCAAGGCCCACCACCACCAUUACCACCACAACGACCGCCACCACCGCAAGUGCAUGCGCCUCAAGUGCUGCCCGAUUUGACGGUUGGUGCCUCAAGCAACAAUGAAAUUUGGUCUUCCCCCGUGCAGGACAUGCCCAAGAUUAUCUCAUUGGAUGUGAAAUGCGAGAAGAAUGGCAUGAAAGUGUUUGUGAAAUUCGAUAAACCCUUCUACGGUAUUGUCUUCUCAAAGGGACACUACAGUAACAUGAAUUGUGUGCAUUUACCUUCAGGGCUGGGACGUACAUCGGCCACUUUCGAUAUUGGUUUGCAUGAGUGCGGCACUUCGGGAAAUACCGAGAAUGGAUUGUAUGGCUAUGGACAUGAGUCUGGUUCGGGCACUUAUUUCGAGAAUAUCAUAGUCAUACAAUAUGACCCACAAGUGCAAGAGGUGUGGGAUCAAGCGCGUAAGCUGCGUUGCACUUGGCACGAUCAAUACGAGAAGAGUGUGACAUUCCGUCCAUUCCCCGUCGAUAUGUUGGAUGUGGUGCGUGCAGACUUCGCUGGUGACAAUGUUGGUUGUUGGAUGCAAAUACAAGUUGGCAAAGGACCAUGGGCCUCUGAGGUGUCUGGGCUGGUGAAGAUCGGCCAAACGAUGACCAUGGUGUUAGCUAUCAAGGAUGAUGACUCUAAGUUCGAUAUGCUGGUACGGAAUUGUGUGGCACAUGAUGGCAAGCGCGCACCCAUACAAUUGGUGGAUCAACGCGGUUGCGUCACACGACCGAAAUUAAUGUCACGUUUCACGAAAAUUAAGAACUUUGGUGCAUCGGCUUCUGUGCUCUCAUAUGCGCACUUCCAAGCAUUCAAGUUUCCCGACUCGAUGGAAGUACACUUCCAAUGUACAAUACAAAUCUGUCGCUAUCAAUGCCCCGAUCAGUGUUCUGAGCCCAACCUGCAAGAGGUGCAUCACUUACAAGUCGGCCCGGAGUCACAGUAUGGACCACCACCACCACAAUUGCACGUCGACACCUACCAUGUGAGCAGCGGCAUUGGCAAGCGGCGUGAUGAGCGACGCGUACAGCGUCGUACACGUGCCGUUGAUCCCGAACAGGAAGUGGGCCUCAAUCGUAUUAUCAAGGUAGUCUCUUCCGGGGAUCUCACUUUUGCCAUUGACGACCAGGCGAAUGGCACAGUAUCGGCUGCACCACAAACAAUGGUCUUUCCUGCGCGCGAAGACGGACUCAUCUGCAUGACGACGCCCGGCUUUGCGAUUACAUUGAUUAUUCUACUCGGCAUCCUAAUAACUUCCUGCCUACUAUCAGCCGUGCUCUAUGUACGUUUGCGGCCGUUCUCCACAUUCGCUCACUCGGAGAAGGAACGUGCCGUAGCCUAUACGAAUCCACAACUAGCCGGUGCUAUGCCUGUCAUUCAAAUACCGGGACCCUCGUCAGCCAUUGCCCAGGGUACGCUCACCAAAUCACGAACGCACACAUGAACAACAAGUGGUGCAUAGAAACCCUACUACGGAUACAAAUUGGACUCGGUAUGACGAGGUUACUUUCAUAUAAAUGCAAUGAGCGCCAACGGCAUAUAGCGAAUACGCCGUUCCGAUGCGAAAUGAAUGCAUGCCGCAUUGGACGGGUACUGGAAUUGUCGCUACAACACACAUUCACAUUGGUCUUCUCUGUUGUUUGGAAACGCCCUUAGGGCAAGCGGCUAGUUAAGGUAUGAGCAUGGGGUCUGAGGACUGCAUGUAGAGUAGUGUAAUUUUAGCUUGUAAUUACUGUAUUUCAUCACUUUUACGAAAUAAUGUACUCAUGUAUUUAUUCGACGGUUCAAAAGUAAGGAAUCAGAAUAUUUGUAUGUUGUUAAAAUUGAGAAUUUUUUGGACGAGCCUUUCGAGUCUGUUUGGGCCUUCUGUAUUGGUGGCAGUUUAGCGCUUACAAUGUUAGUUAUAGUUAAACGAAAAUAUACAAAGGAAGUUUAGUUGCUAAGUUUAUAAUAUUUAAAUAGAUGAACAAUCUAAAGGUGUAUACAGUUAAACCCGGUGCUAAGCCAUAUUCAAAGUUCAAAUGCAUCCAAGCGACCUUUGUACAAAGUCUACAUUGACUCGGUAUAGCCUAUGGUUCGAUUUACUUAGUUCAACGAGGUAUUUAGAUGUGUCUAUUGGAAACAGUUGAGUGAGUUCAGUAAAAAUCUAUUAUUGCUAAAUGAAAAAUUGUAAGCAACAAUAAAUGAGUGAUAUUGAAUUUGGAAAAAUUUAUCUUGGUUGAGUUAAUUUUCAGUGGAUUUUCACUUCGAUGCAUACGUUUUUUUAGAUAAGUUCAAUUUAGCGCAAAUUCAGCUGGUGCAAAUGAAUUCAGCGCAAUUUUGACGCAUGAAAUUGCGCAUUCAGCUCAAUCUUAUUCUUUACGACGCCUUGAGAGUGUAUUCAGCUCUUGUGUUAUCAAAUAAAAAAUCUGUGUUUGACAGAAUUCCAAUAAAGCGUAGUCGAAAUUCAACCGUUAACCAUUUAAUUUAAACCAUAUUUCUUCAGCUGUUCAUUCAGCUGCUUUUUUUUUAAAUUCAGCCAGUUUGCUUUAAUUCAGCUAGAGCUCUACGUUAUUCAGCACAAGUUUAAGGCAAAUUUAAUUUUUUACUUACUUGAUUGAUAAUUAAAUAGAUCCUAUUCAGUUUGGGUUUAUUCAGCACGCUUUUAUUGACUCAAUUUAAAGGAACAUUUAUUAAAAUCUAGGAAAGGCACUUUUUCAUUCAGCUCGAUUCUGUUUUGUACUCGGUACUCGUACAACGCCAUUUACCUCUUUUAAAUAAUGCUUUACUUUGCCUACAUUUUUUUACAAAGCUUAAAUGUAUUAAGAUUUUUGUAGA